CAGCUGUGAACUUUAUUGGAUUUUCAAGCUUUUGUUUAUUUUAUUUCGAUAUAAUGAAUAUUUAAUUUAUAAAACGUGUUUCUAAAAAGUUAUACUUGUGGUACACAACUCAGUUUUGAAAGUUCUACUGUGAUUUUACGUGAUAUUGUAAGAAAUUGUGCCGAAAAACAAACACGCGGGAAGAGGCGUUUUAUAGUAAACAAAACAACAUAAUUCCAAAAAUAUGUCUGAUAUAAUUGAAUUAUCGGAUGACGAUGAUAGCUUUAUCCUCCCCAAGAAAGCUGAGAAGCUGGAACAGCUAUCUGGUGAAGAUUCUGUGCUAUUGAGUGAUGAUAACGAUGCACAAAAACGAUCAUCGAAUACUGUCGAUUAUUUUACUUCUGAUGAGGAGUAUCUUCCUGAAAUUGAUUUAAAAAGUAGAAAAAAGAAGGUACUGAAGCAAUUGUUUCCAACGCCGGAGAAGUUACGAUGGGACGAUGCAGCAGGGCCAUCGAAGGUUUCUCCAGUAAAAUUGAGGGACCCUGGGUUUGACAAGAUGAUUGGAGGUGUCACUGUCAAUCUUCCGGUUGAUCCUUAUGGCUGCCAAAUAGCACUUAUGUCUAAAGUGAUAACUGCAAUAAAAACAGGCAAAAACUGCCUGUUGGAAAGUCCAACGGGUUCCGGAAAGACACUGGCUUUGCUUUGUGGAGCGCUAGCGUGGCAGCGACAUGAAAGAAUGCAAAGAGGACAAAGGCUCGCCCAGCAGAACGCAGAACGGAUCACGGAGCUGAAGUCCUUCGACGGCGCCGUGGACUACGUGGCCAGCAUUCCCAACGUCAACUUCAGCAAGUCUGUGUUUGGUGAGAAGAGUAUAUACGACAAACCGGUUAACUGUGGUGACAAUAGUUGCAGCAAGCGCCAGGAGCCGCUCCAAGACAGCUUUGAAGGUACUCCAGAGAAGGGCCUGGUCAGAAUUCAAAAGAGGCGGCGCGUCAACUCCACGGAGAGUUCGUCCGGUAGCUCGACGAAGGGCAGCCCGUACAAGCUGCCCUCCACUCCCCAGAAACCAGGGUUCAUGGCAGACCCUCAAACGCCGGAGAGCGCCAACGUACCCACCAUAUACUAUGGCGCGAGGACCCAUAAACAGCUGCAGCAGGUUAUCAAGGAGUUCAAGCGAACCUCGUACCGCGGGGAGGCCAAGAUGACGGUGCUCUCGAGUAGGGACUACAGCUGUAUAAGGGACUUCGACAAGAACUUGUGGACUUCUAAGAACGACAUGUGCAGAGGCUGCAUCAAGCCCCACGCAUCCGCCGACAGGCCAAAAGGCGAGAGCAACUGCAAAUUCUACGACAACCGGACGGCGCUGCACCACGGCUCGCUGCCGCCGGCUUUCGACCUUGAGGAGUUGGUAGAAGCUGGAAAAGAGAACAGCUCCUGUCCCUACUUCGCUGCUAGGGCCAUGGCGGCUAGCGCUCAUAUCGUCUUCUGCCCCUACAACUACUUGAUAGAACCUAGCAUUAGGAGCAGUAUGCAAAUAAACCUGAAAGAGAAUAUCGUGGUGAUCGACGAAGCUCACAACAUUGAAGACAUCUGCCGCGACGCCGCAUCAUUCAGCUUCACCAGAGAACAGCUGCAAGCUGCCAUCACCGAAUUAGAGAAAGCAGCGAGCUAUCAAUAUUCUGGUCACAACAUCAUGGAUCAAUUGGAGAAAAUUGUGAAGACAUUGAAAACUUGGGACGAUUGGUUCGUGAACCAAUCGACGCUAGUGAACAACCGGCCAGUGAACAAUAACGAAGCUGUGUACGCGUGGCACGUGGCUGACUUCGUGACCACGCUCAACAACCACAACCUGGGGCAACCCUAUUAUUCAGAAUUCAAACACAACGUGGAGGUGUUUACCCAACGGUUGAGGGAAGACGCGCGCACUUUAGUAGGAGUGACGCAAGCCACCGGCACUUUGCUGGAAUCUCUGGAUGCCGCAUUGACGUACUUAUUCCGUUCGGACGGCCAAUUCAUGGAUGACUUCAAACCGGCGCUGGUCAGGACCGUGGCCGCCGACGCCAUGUCCGAAGCUACUUCUUGGAGGAACUCGCAGUUCAACCAGAAAAUAAAGAAAGACGUCUACGAACUCCGACUCUUAUGCAUGAACCCGGCCGUAGUGUUUGAGGGUCUUAAGACGGCCCGCUGCAUCAUCCUGGCCUCGGGGACGUUGACGCCGCUCGUUAGUCUAUACUCCGAGCUGGGUACUGACUUCCCGCUCAAAGUGUCGCCUAACCACGUCAUAUCUAGCGACAGGGGGACCCUGACGCCGCUCGUGAGUCUAUACUCCGAGCUGGGUACUGACUUCCCGCUGAAGGUGUCGCCUGACCACGUCAUAUCUAGCGACCGGGGCCUGAAGACGGCCCGCUGCAUCAUCCUGGCCUCGGGGACGUUGACGCCGCUCGUGAGUCUAUACUCCGAGCUGGGGACUGACUUCCCGCUGAAGGUGUCGCCUAACCACGUCAUAUCUAGCGACCGGGUGUGGGUGGGUACCCUCUCUACAUGUCCGGACGGCAGCCGGCUGGAGUGUAAGAGUACCAGCGCCGCGCAGCCCGGCGUGCAAGACGCGAUCGGCGACACAAUCCUCUGGGUCAGCCAGGUCACGCCACAUGGAGUCCUGGUCUUCCUGCCUUCGUACCAGCUCAUGAACCGGCUCGCCAGGAGCUACUGCCUGCGGUUACAGCAACUAGGUCACGCCGCAUGGAGUGUUGGUCUUCCUGCCCUCGUACCAGCUCAUGAACCGGCUCGCCAGGAGGUGAGUCAUGUUACUACAGCAGCUAACAAGAGCACCAGCGCCGCUCAGCCCGGCGUGCAAGACGCGAUCGGCGACACAAUCCUCUGGGUGAGUCAUGUUACUAAAGCAGCUAACAAGAGCACCAGCGCCGCUCAGCCCGGCGUGCAAGACGCGAUCGGCGACACAAUCCUCUGGGUCAGCCAGGUCACGCCGCAUGGAGUCCUGGUCUUCCUGCCCUCGUACCAGCUCAUGAACCGGCUCGCCAGGAGGUGGCAGGAAACCGGAAUUUGGAGAAAGUUAGAACAACAAAAGAAUGUCUUCAUGGAGAGCAGAAACGUGCGAGAUCACAACGACACAAUGGAGGACUUCUACAAGUACGUGGAAACGGAUCGAGGCGCAAUUCUAUUCGCGGUGUUCCGCGGAAAGGUGUCCGAGGGCAUGGACUUUAAGGACCACCAGGCGCGCGCCGUCAUCACCAUCGGAAUCCCAUACCCGAACACGUUCGACAUGGCGGUGAAGGAGAAGAUGGCCUACAACGACAAAUAUGAAAAGUCGCGGGGUCUACUCCGCAGUAGCGAGUGGCUUCGCGUGCAAGCUUAUAGGGCGCUGAACCAGGCGGUGGGUCGCUGCGUGCGGCACCGCGGCGACUGGGGCGCCGUGCUAAUGAUAGACGCGCGCUUCCAGAACCCCUACUACACCGAGCACCUGUCCAAGUGGCUGCGCGGCUUUCUGAACAACAACCACCACACGUUCGAGAGCCUCGUGAACAGUCCCAAUAGCCUGGAGUCCUUCAUGCAGAGCAUGACCAUCAACGAGACGGAAGACGUGUGAGGAGCGUCUGUUCAAGACGUGCUAUUUCAACUAUUGCUAAGCCAGGAUCUACAGCUUCUUGACCAAUAAAAACCCAAUCAGUGAAGGUCAAGUUUCUCCCGGGGGAAAGUUUAACUGUCAUUAGACCCGCAACGAAAUUAAUCAGAACAUAGGAGGACUUCGAAGUUAAGGUUCGACUUCCCUCCAUUGCAGGGUUACUAAACCUUUUUUUGUCAUCUGUCAUCCGCUUUGCAAUGGAGAGAAGUCAUGGAAAAUUCAUGGGACAUUAAAAUUACCACCUUUUGCAAAAAGUACUAAAUGUUGUGUAUACAGGUUGUUUUGUUUUUUUCGAUUUACUGAGACUGUUUUGUGUGGAAAUAGCUAUUUUCGAAUACACGUUCCUCGUAUGAGAUGCGCAUUAUAUCAGCUGUUGUACUCUCCGACUGCACAUCAGUUAUUAUAAUACUGUUGCAAAGUCGGCCUUUACAACCAGAUAAGCUGCUGUCGUCUGUACAUCAUUUUUGUUAAAUAGCAGCUAUGUAUAAUUGUAUGUAUAAGAAUCUAUAAAAUAAUUUGACUGGCUGUCGUCGUACAUUUAUCAUUUCAGUACUUUUCGUACUGAAUACUCAGUUAUGUGCCAUUGUCCAUUUUAACUCAUUCUUUGCGGCAUAUUUUGCCUGUUUGGAACAAGUUCAUUUUUAAUUAAAGAACUAUACAUACAAAUUCUGUCAAAAUGUUUGCUCAAUUUGCAUUAUAAUUAUUGGCUGUGAAAAUUAAAAAAUAACAAUAUCAUUAUAGCCUGACCAGGAACAUAAAAACCCUGGCAUAGAGGCGCGUCAAUUGCAUUUGAUAGUGCAACACUGAGUACAGUCGUACCUGUGUUAAAUUAAUAGGCUAACUUUAUGUAUCAGGAUUCAGGAUUACGGGCUAAUUUGAUAUUUUCAUAAAUUAACGAAAAAAUAUUAUUAUAGGUAAACUGGUUUAAAUAAAUUAAAUGAAACCAUCAAUCGAGCUAGUAGGAUUUAUUUUAUUAUUCAUCAAUAAUCAAAUUCAGAACUUGAAUAUUCAACUGCAAUGUCUGCUCAUGAACGCUUCAAACUCGGUACUUCUUUCCCAAUUCCAUAAAAUUCAACACUUAGAAAGUGACAAAAAACUUUAAAAUAGGUAGUUGAAACAAACCACAGCUAAUUUUCAUAGUGGACUGUACUAUACGAUAAACAUGUCAGUCAAUUUGACAACCUUUGUUGGAAACAUUAUUCAAUGAAAAUAUUGUCCGAACCCUUGGUAUUUCUCUUCGACAAAUACUUUAACACAUAGUGAACCACUUUUCUUUCACGACUAUAAAAAGAUUUUAGCAAUUUCAUUCACAAAAUCAAUUGCGCACAUUUAAAAUAAAGUUUGUUUACACUUUGACAGCAAUAGACUGACAUGCAAGGUGACAUGUCAAUGAAGUUUUUAGUUAUUGUUGCCAUUAAAAGAAAUUAGUACCAUUAGAUUUCCGCAACAUGGCGAGGGUUUUUAUGUUCCUGGUCAGGCUAUACAUAGCUUAAAUAUCAAAAGUACACUAUAUGAAAUGGAUGGACAUUAUUUUAAGUUGCCUAAGGCGUUUUAUUUUUAUGUGCUAUAGUGUUAUAUUUUAAAUGUAAUUUUAAGCUAUUGUUAAGAAGUUGAAGUAUUUAUGAAUGUUGUAAAACUAUUUAGUUUUAUCAUUUAUGAUCAUGCUAAUCGACAGUACAUAUUUUUAUACGAA